CUGAAGGCCUAUUUUUAGCUAUGGAACAUUUGGAAGAUCUGUUUAUACAGAGCAAGAGCAUUUUGUCUGUAAAUGGAAUGUUUUGGGGAUUGUUUAAUCUAAAAUUUCUUAAAGUUGAUGAAUUCUCUAUCUGCUGUGCAACACCUCGCAGCCGUAAUGAUCUGCAAUGCUUUGCUCCAAUUAAUGAAAUAGCUUCUUGUGAGCAUUUAAUCAGUGCUCCUGUCUUAAAUGUUGUCAUUUGGUAUAUAGCUUUUCUUGCUACUAUCGGAAACAUGAUUGCAAUGAUUUGCAGCAUUUCCACAUUUAGAACAUCUUCAUUUACAUAUUUCAUUUUCUCACGAAAUUUGAGUGUUGCUGAUUUCCUCAUGGGUGUAUAUCUAUAUAUCAUAGCCAUUACAAAUCUGAUAUAUACAGGGAGAUAUGGAUUUGUGGACUAUUCUUGGCGACAUAGUUUUCUUUGUACUUUUGCAGGGAUUUUGGCCACAGUAUCAAGCGAAGCAUCUGCACUUUUUGUUUUAAUGAUAACCAUAGACAGAGUCAUGGCUAUCAAAAAUCCCUUUUCACAAAGAAAUAGGGCCUGGAUGUUAGGACCAUCUGCAUUGGCUUGGGCUAUUGCUAUUUCUUUGUCUGUGUUUCCAAUAUUACCGUCAGAGUUGUCAAUGUUUGAAGACUUUUAUGCUCAAUCUCCUGUAUGUAUAUCUCUUCCAUUAUCGGUCUAUAGGCAGCUUGGUUGGCAAUAUUCAAUGGUCAUUUUCAUUGGCUUAAGUUUCCUUAUUUUUCUUGGCAUCAUUUUUGGACAAUUUCGUAUCCUGUACGAAGUUUUAAAAUCCGGUAGCAAAAGCCAGGCUUCAAACGUACGUCGAAGGGAAGUAACUCUAGCCAAGACUGUCGUAGCUGUGCUGUGGUGGUCACUGAUCUCCUAUGCUAGAUACCUAUUGGAAUAA